GAGAGAGAGAGAGAGAGAGAGAGAGAGAGAGAGAGAGAGAGAGAGAAACAGAGUGGAGUAAAAAUCGAUGGAAAUGGAUAGAUCGAGAGUGAAUAAUAGCAUCAGCGCAAAUAAUCAGCAACAACAACAGCGUCAACUACUGAAACCAAUGCCACAAUCAAAGAAGAAUAUGAAAUCAAACAAUUGCUAUAGCAUUAAUUUUAUUCGAUAUAUACUUCAGACAUUCAACGUCAUACUUUUUAUGUCCGGCUGUAUAAUAACAGCUGUUGCAGUUUGGUCAAUAUUCUGGAAACAUCAUUUUGCUUCACUUUUGGUGACGCCAACGUACGCUUUAACCUCAUAUGGGCUAUUAAUAGCUGGCAUUUUAGCGACGUUGACGGCUUUUUUUGGUUGUUAUGUCGUUUGGCGAGAUCAACGCUCAUUGAUAUGCUGCUAUUCGUUGCUGUUGAUUGCGGUGUUUUUGCUUGAGUUUUCGGUCGGAGCUGUAACUUAUGUAUAUGAGAGUCAAGUUGAUGAUGAACUGAUGGGCUCGUUGAAUAAGACAUUUAUGACAAAUUACGGUAUCGAUGAAACCCGAACCAAUGCCAUUGACCUAAUGCAACAAAGUUAUAGAUGCUGUGGUGCCGAAAAAUUUGAAGAAUGGCGUAAUAGUACAUGGUUAACCACAGAAGAUUCAUAUCAUUUGAUACGUUCGAAUGUGAAUCGUUUGGUUCCCGAUUCGUGUUGCAUUUCAUAUAGUGAACAUUGUGGAAAGAGUGACCAUCCAAGCAAUAUUCCGUACACAGGCUGCAUCUACAAAUUCAUCGAUGAAAUAAGAGAUCAUCUCAAUAUUUUAGGAGCAAUUGCUUUUGGCUUUUGUUUCAUUAAAAUUUUCGGAUUAUUUUUGUCAUGUUGUCUGUAUUUUAAAUGAAAAGUUACCAAAAAAAAAACAAACAAACAAUCCUUUUGUCAUAAGAAACCAUUCUUCCAUUUUACGAAAAUCAAAUCAUUCAAAGAAAUUCAUUUAUUUUGUGCGAAAUGAGAUCAUUUGUACAUUUAUCGUGCAAAUAUAAUUUAUUAACCAUAGUCAUUAUAUUUACUUAAAAACGCCAUAUUUUAUAAAACAAACGAAAUAUACAAUAAACUUUUAUUUUGAA